AUGACUAUUAAUCAGAAUAGCACAGAAGAGGAGCUACCUAAUUAUGGGGGAUCUUUAUCAGCACCAAAUGUUCAAGAAAUGGUGAAGAGGGAUCCUUCAAAAAUCCCAGACAGAAACAUCAGGAGCCUAGAGGACCAGCCAAAAAGAACAAAAAUGACCUCUUUCUCCUCUGAGAUUCCUACAGUAGAUUUAUCAUUGCUUUUACAGCAGCAAGAACAGGAGCUCAGGAAACUGGACAAGGCAUGCAAAGAAUGGGGUUUCUUUCAGGUGGUCAAUCAUGGAAUAGAGAACCAAGUAUUGCAAAAAAUAAAAGAUACUGCAAGAUUAUUUCUUGAUCUCCCAUUAGAGGAGAAGAAUAAGUUCUCAAUGCCCGCAGAUGACAUGCAGGGAUAUGGGCAUGCAUUUGUGUUUUCUGAAAAGCAGAAAUUGGAUUGGAAUGAUGCACUAGUUCUGUUCAUGUUUCCUUCAAAGUUCCGAAAAUGUAAAUUCUGGCCCACCACACCAGCGGAUUUCAUUGAUACUGUGGAGAAAUAUUCAUCUGAAAUUCGAAGAGUGGGCAUGGAACUGCUUCGUUCCAUAUCUAUAAACAUGGGAAUGGCCAGCAAUACCCUUCUUACAAUGCACAAGGAGCUGCCUCAAGCUUUGCGUCUGAACAACUACCCCCCCUGUUGCAAACCUGAUGAAGUUCUAGGAUUUAGCCCUCACUCAGAUGCAAGUACUAUAACCGUACCAUCACAAGAUGAUGAUGUUACUGGUUUAGAAAUUCAGCAUGAGGGCCAGAGCAUCGAACACCGAGCAGUGACAAACAAGAAUAAGGCAAGGAUUUCCUUUGCAACAUUUCUAUCCCCGCAAGAUGAUGUAGAAAUAGAACCCUUGGAUACCAUGAUGGACUCCCAUGGUUCCUUGAGGAAGUACAAGAAGGUAAUUUUUGGAGAUUACAUCAGGAAAUUCUUCAAGGCAAAAUUGGAAGGAAAGUCUAGGUUCGAAAUGGAAAAGAUGGAACUUGAUAGUGCCGACUUACAUUGA